AUGACUGCUAUAGGAAUAAAAGGAAAGAUAAAGUCUUUGGUGGAUAUAGCUGAAGUUUGGUUUCAAAAUCGUCGUGCUAAAUGGCGUAAAACUGAAAAAUGCUGGGGACGCAGUACGAUUAUGGCAGAAUAUGGUCUUUAUGGUGCUAUGGUGCGACAUUCAUUGCCACUACCGGAAACUAUAAUCAAAUCAGCCAAAGAUAACGAUUCAGUGGCACCGUGGCUUCUAGGUAUGGAGAACAAAAGCAUGCAUCGUAAAUCAUUAGAAGCACAAGAUGCUUUGAAAGAUGAUUCUGGUGUCAGUGAUCACGAAGAAUCUGCUGGCUCAAAAUCGAAUGACGAAAAUCGUCGCUUAAGCUCUUCAACUGAAUCAUUAAAUGUUGUUAGCCCAGGACCGCAAAUAUUGCAUCAUAAUUCUUCUAAUGCUACAACACCAACUGCUACCUCCUCGUCUUCACCACAUACGCCACACAUCGAUCUUAGUAGUCCUUCACCAACCUCACAACAACAAAUGCAGCAAACUUUACAUUCACAUUCUACGCAAUCAUCACACCAAACCCCGCAACACCAUAAUAUUCAUCAUUUUCAGCAUACAUCAUUACCUCCACCUAAUGCACAUCCUUCGUAUCAUCCAUUGUUGGAUGCAGCAAAUGCAAGCGCUGGUGCUGCAUCAAGUAAGGAAUUUCAUAUGAUUAUGAAUACCGCUGUAGCCGCAGCAGCAGCUGCUGCUGCUGGUAGUCAUCAUUCUGCUCAUGGAACUAGUGGUGGUCCAUAUACACAUGAACAAUCGGAUCCCGAUGCAUUUAGGUGGGUGCAUGCAAACACCAAUGGAAUUGAAUAUGAUAAAGAACGAUUUUCAACAAUACGAAACAAUUCCAUCGCCUGUUUACGUGCCAAAGCGCAAGAACAUCAAGCACGUCUGCUUAACAGUGGCCUAUUCUUGCAGGUACGUUCUUUUGCUGGCCUACAAAAUUCAACAUUGAACUCACCAAGCCACACUGCAUUAAUUAAUAAUAGCACAACAAACAACAACAACAACAGCAACAGCAUCAACAACAAUAAUUGUGAUAUGAAAAUUAAUUGCAAUAACAAUAAUGAAGAGCGUUGCCCACCCAACGCUGUAACCAUGUGCGCCAAUUCUAAUAGCAAAAAUAACAACAACAAUAAUGAUUUGUGCUUUGCAAAUGGCGUACAAACAUCACAACAACAACAACAGCAACAACCACAACAACAAUUUAAAAUGGAGCCCAUUUCGAGUCAAACAUGCGGCGAACUUUGAUAUUAAAGCUAAAAACAAAAAGCAAAGCAAAGUCAAACAAAGUAAAACAAAAUCAAGCAAAAGAAAGCAAAG